AUGUACAGGAUGAUUGAUAAGAAUUGGAAAAAAAUUGGUUCCCCUUAUUCCAAAAUUGGACUCCGGAGGGAAAAAAAGAAGAAUGUCCAGGAUGUGUUCAAUGAAGAUUUAUCAAAUCUCUUGCCUGAGUCCUCCGUGUUACAAAAUGUGUCUUUGUUUUUCAGUUUUGAAAACAGAGGAAGUGAAGCCAUAAACUUAAAGAGCAAUCAGAAGGAGAGCACAACUCUUCCAGCACUGCUAACGGUUUGUCAAAAUGAGGAAAAGAACCAUUCCACAGAAGAACUUAGCAAUUCUGAAAUCCAUGAGGAGUUAAAAAAGGCUAAUAGCCUUCCUAGUUUGACACCUGGAAUCAAAACAGCAUAUAAGGACAAGCAGCCCAGAGAAGGUUUUUUCCAGUUUCUUGGAAGCUUAUUUAAUAUUGCAUCAAAAUCUUCUUUGGUAGAAUCUAAACCGUCUACCUUCCAAGAUGAACCAAACAGAUGUGAAAAGGAUUUACAGAACAGAAAUACCCUUCUGGAGGAUAGGCAUCCAAAGAAUCUGAAAAUUGAACAGCCUGUCAGGUCUACAGCUAAAAUAAAAGAGGAUUCUGUAAAUAAAGCUGACACCAUCUUAAACAACACUGGGAAGGAUAUCUCACAGGAUCUACAAGGAGUCCGGAAACGAUCUGCAGAUGUGCCAAAGCAGAUGCAAUGGAAACCAGAAUCACCUGCAGUUACCUAUGCAACAUAUCGAGAAAACGGAGAAAUCCAGAUGACAGUGUCUUCAAAAUCAGGACAUUUAUUUAAAGAAAAUGGAGAAGUUGAGGGUAAAGACAAUGAAGAUCACAACACAGUGAAUUCUUCUACCAUUAACACAGAACUGAGAAAGUCUCCGCAUUGCUUGGGUGGCAUUAAAUGUGAAAUAACUGCAAAUACCUCAGCUUCAUCUACUGAUUUAUCUAGUGAAGUGGACUUAAAACAUGCACCAGCUUUACAUACAACUAGAGUGAAGAGGACAUAUUCACUAGAUUCGUUAUUGUCAUCUAGUAGGAACAGAGAGAUCCUGAUGAAUCCCACUUGCCAGACUACUGAUUCCAUUGCAAUGAAUCCUGCAAAUUGUUUGGUGGAAAAAGUGGGAAUGCCAGGAGAAGCACACGCUCGGUUUCAGGCAGAUGAAAAUGAUACUUCUAACAUUGAUAAAAAAAAUCAUUGUAGCAAAGCAACUACUAAGGAAUCUGCAAAAAAAAUGCAGAAUGAUGGUUUUCAUUCAUCCAAAUCAAAAAGAGAGACAGUAAACAGUGAACUACAGCAGACAGAGGGAGAAUCUUGCUGUAAUCAUCAAACAGAGAGUCCCUUAGAACUAACAUUGGAUGUCCAGAUGCUUCAUUCCAGUGUGACUGGGUUUCAAAAGAAUACAAAAAGUGCAAACAAAGAUAGUGAUGCUGGAAACAGUGAUGCACAGAGAAUUGUGCCAACUGUAGCAAAUGAGCAAAAUACACAAGGCUGUAUUUCUGCUGUGCAUUUGCCUUCUAGUGAAAAAAUACUUUUGUCACUUGGCAAGGAGUGCAAAGUAGACAAGUGCAUAGCUACAGGUAAUCCAGCGGCUUUAGUAGUGUCUAUUAAAAAUUAUGAAGAUACAGUCAUGGACAAGGAAAACAGAAAUGAAGAACUGAGUGAACUAGGGAAAACUAUGCAUGCACAAAAUGAUCAUCAAUUAAUCUUUGUGGACAAGGAUUCUAGUAAGGAUACUAGUGCAGAACAGUUUGGUUUAUCUUCUCUAGAAACUGAAGAUGUUGAAGCAAUGAAGGUUUUAUCUGAGUUCACAGUAGAAAAGCUUGACAAUGAAUCAUCUUGCCUUCAUAGGUGUGAAAGUCUAAACUCUAACUUUCGUGAGCUGGUACCACCUCUCUCUGUUUCUUAUGAGUUGUCUUUUGGAACUGGAAAUUGUUGCUCAGCUUCUCAUCUUCCUAGUUCUCAAUCUGACAAUCAAACUGCAGGGGAAAGAGAAGCCAGUUUAAAAGAUGAGAGACAGACUUUUUCUUGUCCUGUUCUUGAAGAUGAGAAGAACAAAUCCCUUGAGCUUGUAGAGAAAAGCCUGUCAGGAAACUCAGUUCCUGUCCAUGAGGUUGGUGCUGUUCCCCUUAAAACUGUUCAAAACAUUCCUCCCAAGACAACAGUUGCACCCACAGAACAUAACACAGCAAAGACUGAACUUGGGCCUUUAAUCAGCACCGACAGGAGAGAUAAUGCUUUUGCUGCUGCUUCUAAAAUAAAGCAAGCUGAUACGUCUGAGGCUGUUCCUAUUCCUUCUCAGUCCAGCGAUUACGUCUCUCAUAUGUUCUCUCAUAUGCCUAAGUCAGAAAAAGAAGUUUUGGAGGUUUCACAUUCUGCCUUGAUAUAUGGAAGGAAGCCCUUACCUAACCAUUGCCCUUUUGUCUGUGAAAAAGAUGUUAGUGUAGACGACACUACUGACUCUCCACCUAGUUCUGAAGAAGUGAAUAUGACUAUUUCUUCAAAACUUGAUAACAGUAGUAAGCCUACAGUAUCAUCGACUCUACUUAAUUCUUCAUCUGGCAAUCAUCAAAAAGCACUUUCUGCCAGUAACUCCGAAAAUGGCAAAAUUGCCACAUCUGCUGCUGCUUCUGAACAGAAUGGCCAGUCCAGCUAUAUUUUUACUGCUGCUGAGUCAAGAAGAAUUAUCCCUGAGGACAGGAUGACCAAGAUGCUACUUUGUGCAGAAGACUCAAGAGCUGUGUGCCCAGACGGUUCUCUAGAGUUUGACAUUACCAUAGCUGAAGCUGAUCACUCUGUUGCUAACGCAGACCUGUGGGGAACUAACAUCCCCAAGUCUGCUUCACCUUCCAAAGAAACCUGCAACCUUCCUGUUUCUGCUGUUGAAACACUGAGGUUCGCCCAGAGAAGCAAUAAUUCCCCUAGUCAUAGACCCAGUGGUGUGGGAGGGAAUGUAUGCGCUGCACAAAAGCCUGAUGGCUUUGUGUUGACAAAGAAAAUACCAUCACCUAUCUGCCCUUCGAAAUCUUUGGAAAUGGUAUCUGAGCCAGUCUAUACUGAGAAUGUGCACAAAAAUACCAUAAAAGAGGUGGCUCAUUAUAAUCAUGUUCCUGCUAUCUCAGAAACCUCUUCUAAAAUUGGUAAUCAAGCAGCUGUUUCACUUACAGUACCAAAUGAGUUCUAUUGUGCGAAAAUUUUGAAAGAUACAGACAUGGGAGGGCAAGAACAUGCUAAAUUCCAAGAAGCUGCUCUUUUAUUUAAAAAAGCUGAGGAAAUAGUGGAGUCAGUUUUACACUUGGCUCUAGAAGAAAUAAUAGCAAAACAAGCAGUUGGUGUCUGCCAGGUUUGUGGGAGCAAGGAGAGUUUAAUAAAUCUGGAUAUUCUAAAUGAUCAGAAAACUGGAACUGUGCAGCUGGAAGCAGAAGAAAUCCAGUCAGCUGUGCAAUCAUUAGAGCAGCUUAAUGAGAACCAUGCAGGAAGCUCAUCUUCAUUUAAAGAAAAGGAAACAGUUGAUACAAAUAAUAAAGAUGAACAGAUUCCCUUUUACAUCCCUGAUAAAAUUGACCUACAUAGUUCACUGGCACUGAAAGCAAGAGAAAUAAUUGACGAAGUCAUUAACUCAGCCAAACAAAAGCUGACAUCCAAUCAGUGGCAAGGCAGCGAGAGUAAAAAGCCUUCUGAAAAGCUUGAGCCUAACCCUAAGGCUGAAACCCCAAAGAUUUUAAAUCCAGAUACUAAAUUAUCUGCCAAAACACAGGAAUUAACCAAAGAAACAACAGAGAAGGUGGAGGCUCAGAGUAUAACUGUAAGCACUGAAAAAGCAGAUUACUCAGACUUGCCUUCGUUUCCAAACAGUAUGGAGAAUGGCAUACAUUGUCCCGAAAGAGAUGAAAUAAUGCCAAAUAAUGUAUUUACGUGCCAAACAAAUGGGUUUCUUCCUAAUGGCAGUUUAGGAAAGGCAGAAUCUGACCUUAUGCUAGUAGCAAAAGGGAAGAAUACUGAAAAGGUGUAUGGAAAUAUGACUGCCACAGAGAUUUGUGGCAAAGAUAAAGUAUUGGCAACCAGUAGCAAAUCUGAUGUGUCUUUACAUUUAAUAAAUAAACAUGCAGCUGUGGCUAAAGAGAUGUUUCUGCCUUUGGACUUAAUACACUCAUGCAAUAGUACAAAUACGCCAGAGCGCACAUUGCAGCCGACUCUAAAUGUUAAUGUGUCAUCUUUUAUGCCUGAUGAAGAAGAUAUCAGCAUGCGUAAUGAAUCUAAACACAAAAGCCGUCCUCAGAGUUCUCUGGAAAGCAUUGCAGAGAAAAGUCUGUAUGAGCACUGUGAAGGAGAGGCUGCAGAAGAAGUAUCUGCAAAAGUAAGAGAAACUUUAGAAGAUGUGAAGGCAGAGAGCAAGGAAGAAUUAGCAGAAGGAGCAAGUGAGGUAACACAGGUUGAUGCUGGAUUAAAUACACAGUUCACUGCAUCUGAAUUGCCUGCUAUUGGAGAGGACAGUGAAGGGGAAAAUCAUUUCAACUUUGCCCAAAAUAAUGAGACUCUAAAGCAGAUGCAAAUGGAAGAUGGUGACAUGCAAAAAGGUGGUCAUCUCAAGGAAAAUGGUUUGGACUGCAGUGAUGACUUGGAGGAAUCAGCAAAUCUUUUGUCCUUCUCUCCACCAAUUGAACAGGGAGAAAACAGUUCUUUUACUAUAAUUUAUGAAGGUGCUCUUCAAACUGAGAACAAAUCCGUGUCCACUGAUGAGCUGCAGGCUAGCUCCCGCUCUUCUGAUCUUUCGUUAGGUAACUUAGGUCAUCUCCUGAUGUGUGAAAGAGCAGAGAAGAACCAUGAACCAGCCUAUGCUUAUGAAAGGGAUAACAAACCAAACGAAGCAAUGGAUAGCCGUGGCUCAGAGUCCUUUCUGAAUGUAGAGGCUAAGCGCUACAGGAUAUAUCCUUUUUCACUGUCUCCGAUAUAUGAAGAUGACAGCUCCCAAGAAGACCUGCUAUCCCCAGAUGUGUCACCAGAAGGUCUUCCUAGUGGACUAUCUAAAGAUAAUACUGACCAUCCUUCUGUGCUGUCCCUUCUACAGUCAGUUUCUGAGCGCUUGCAGUUUACUACUCAGCUUAAGCAGCUGAACUCUAUGGAGCAGCCAGAAGUGUUUCCAGAUGCCACUUCUCCCACUCAAGCAUGUUCUAAGCCAGUUUCACAGAAAGUUGAUGCUGCUGCAAAGCUUACUUCUACAAGUGUGUAUUACCAAUAUUUGCAAUCUGCCAGAAAUUACUCCUCAGAGAAGGGAGCCCAACUUGGAAGCAUUCUGCAGGAUAUGUUGCAGCCAAAGAGUCAUUGGUCCCAAGACUAUGCCUUGCCAAAAUUGGGAGACUUGUCAGCGAACUUCAUUGACAGGGCAAGUCUCAAAUACAAUCCAAGACCAGGAAAGAUUAUUAUUUAUGACAUUCAUGGCGACAAAAGUAAACAAGAAAUUCAUUCUGAUGUGCUAGAUACCACAUCCUGGAUCUUUCCAAUUGGAGCGUUACUUAGGAUAAUUAGAGGAUGCUGGAUAUUUUAUGAGAAACCAAACUUCCAGGGUCGAAAAUAUGUACUAGAAGAAGGAGAAACAGUUCUGGAUCUCCCUUGGGAUCUUCCAGGCAUGAAACAUCGUCGACGAAAUCUCACAGUUGGUUCAAUCAAACAUGUGACGAAGGAUUGCAGCAUUCCAGAGGUGGAGUUCAGUCUGGGAGCUGGCGCAGAAGGAUUUCCCAUCUGCAUACAAAGUGCAGUUGCCAAUUUAGAAGAACUGGAUGUUGAAAGAAACCCUUAUAUAAGGGUUAAAUCAGGGGUAUGGCUUGCUUAUUCAGACCUUAAUUACAAGGGCGAGAUGAAAAUUUUGGAAGAAGGCAAUUCUUCAUCUGAAAUUCCUUCAGCAGAUGUUAAAUCCCUACGUCCUUUGAAAAUGGGUGGACUAAAGGUGCAAAUGCCUAUGAAUGUAAAGAUAAUAAUAUAUGAGAAAGCCCACUUUGGAGGAUGGUCCAAAGAGUUUUCUGAAAAUAUUGAUUCUGUCCCAGCUGUGUUGGGUAAUGCAGAGGAGUUUCAGGAAAUCGGAUCAGUACGUGUUGUUGGUGGCGUUUGGGUUGCCUAUGGCAAGGAACGCUACAAAGGUCGUCAGUACCUGCUGGAGGAGGGCGAUUACGCGGACAGACACUCGUGGGGAGGAGCCGACAGUGCCCUGUUGUCCUUCCGGUUCCUUCAGGCUGAUUUCAUAGAGUCAUCAGUGACACUUUUUCAGUCUGAUGAUGAGGAUGGAAAAGCACUGGACAUAGUCAAUGAAGAAAUUCCUGAUUUGGAGCAGGCUGGAUUUGGCCCAGAGACAAGGUCAAUUCUUGUGAGAAGUGGAGUGUGGGUUGCCUAUCAACAGAAAUAUUUUUGUGGAGAACAAUAUGUAUUGGAGAAAGGAAAAUACAAGUGCUUCUUUGACUGGGGCGGAUCCAAUAAAAUGAUCAUGUCAAUUCGCCCUGUUAAGUUGGAACCUCUUGGAAUGAAUGAGCCUCCACAUUUGCUCAAAGCUUUCAGUAAUACACAUUUCCAAGGAGCAUGUAUAGAUUUCACAGCAGAAGUUUCUGAUUUUACAUCAUUCAUACCAUGUUCUUUUAAGGUUCUUCGAGGAUGUUGGCUUCUGUAUUACCAAGGGGAAAUUGCUGACAAUCACUGCGUGCUGGAAGAAGGCCUCUACUCCGACCUCACUUCCUGUGGCUGCCCCACUGCUACAAUCAAAUCCCUCAAGCCUGUCGAAUAUGUUUUUGCUGAGCCCUCCAUCAGCCUGUUCGCUCUGGAAAGCUGCAAGGGCAGAGAGCUGCACUUCAGCGACCCCAUCAAUUCUGUUCUGAACGAGGACCUUCAUUUUUACACUCAGUCCGUAUGGGUGAGAAGUGGCCUGUGGAUUGCAUAUGAAGGAUGUAAUUUUUUAGGAAAGCAGAUUCUGCUGCAGCCCAGUGAGAUUUCACACUGGAGUGAUUACAGUGGCUGGAAAGUAAUUGGUUCCCUUCGUCCUAUAAAACAGCCAGCCGUGUACCUCAGAGUUAAGAACCGAGCUCAAGGUAAAUAUUUGACAGUUGCUGGAAGCCUGGCAGAUAUAAGAGCAACGUCAGUGUGCGCGGCGCCGUACAAUGGCAAGAAUACCCAGGUCUGGCACUACUGCCGCGGCCUCUUCAAAUCCAAGGCUAAUGAUGCCUGCCUCGAUGUCAUCGGUGGUAGAGACGUGCCUGGGGCCAAAGUUGCGCUCUGGACGGAGCACGGGAAGGACAGGCAGAAGUGGAGACUCAACGAGGAUGGGACCAUCAGUUCAUACCUCAGUGAUGAACUGGUGCUUGAUAUUAAAGGAGGAAACUAUUAUGACAAGAAUCACAUAAUUAUGAAUCAGCCCAUAGAGGAUGAACAAUCACAGAAAUGGGACAUUGAAAUACUGUGAGUAAAACCCACCACAGAGACUUGGGAAGAUGACCUUAAGUGGAUUAUGAAAAUUUAGAGAAAAAGAACUACUGAAGUCACAUACCACUGGAACCUUAAACAGCAAAUCUUCUCUGCUCUUCUUCAUGCCAAGCACUGACUCCUAAAACAACUGAAUUUUGCACAAAUCUGAAGGAGGUGAAGUUGAGUCUUCCACAGAGACUGCACU